AUGCGUGGGGCAACGCUUGGACGUGCUAGAACAAGACUCGGCCGUGCUCUGUCUGCUUUCGACCACGCCGGGUGUCGCUGGACAGCCAUACCUCUGCGCCCGCACGCCCCAUCCACCCAUGGGCCCUCUUCUAGUCGCCCAGAAGACCGUCACGCCAUUGGCAAGCAGCUUUCCCUCACAUCCUGGAACAUCCAGGCCUCUCCGUCAAAGCUCGCCGAGCGUUCCGAGCUCAUUCUCGACCAUAUCCUCAAAGGGCCCAAGUCCUCCGACACCAUCGUUCUUCAAGAAGUUGCACCCAGCGUUAGGCAAUUACUACUCGACGACCCCAGAGUACGCUCGAGCUUCCUAACGACCGACGCCGAGGACAACACGGCUUUCAAGGGUGUACCAUUUGCGACGAUGACGUUGCUCUCCAACGAGCGUUUCGUCUCUCCGUUGUCGCUCACGGAGACGGACGAGGGCGAAAGCGAGAGCAAGGGAGAGGGAGAGAGGGAGGGAGGCUCCAUGAUGGUGCUCGACAGCGUCUUCCGCAUGACGCUGCCCCGCAGGUACGGGAGGGACGCGCUCUGCGUCAAUCUCCGCGACCCAGCCACACCUGGCGCGGUCAUGCGCCUCCUCAACGUCCACCUGGACUCGCUCGACUCGUGGUUCAGGCGUGUGCUUGAGAUGCACCUACUAGACGACCUGCUGCGUGAGGACGGAUGCAGCGGCGGCAUCAUCGCAGGUGACGUCAACGCCAUCCACGCCAACGAUGAUACGCUCGCCAACAAACACGGGCUGAUCGAUGCCUGGGUUGCGCUGCCACGGAGCAGGACGGGGUCCAAUGGAGGCGCUACGUGGGGUGUGGGCGUCAAACGCGAGGACGGACGCAAGCCGCGCAGGUUGGACAAGGUCGUCAUGUUGGGCUUGGAGCCUGUCGAGAUCGAAGUCCUGACGCCGGGUCUUAUCGACACUGGUACACCCUGGAGCGACCACUGCGGACUACGCUGCACUUUCACCGUCUAA